AUGAGCGCGAUUCUUUCAGCAGACGAUUUGAACGACUUUAUAUCCCCAGGAGUCGCAUGUAUAAAACCUGUUGAGACUUUACCUGUUGCGAGGCCUUCUGCGGAUAAUGAACUCGAAAUAUCCUUCAACACCGACGCCCCCCUUCCAUCUGAUUUACCCCCUGCGCAAAUAUCUCUCACAGACUGUCUCGCAUGCUCAGGAUGUGUGACAUCCGCCGAAGCCGUUCUCGUAUCCUUACAAUCGCAUGCUGAAGUAUUAUCACAAUUAGAUUCGGCACCUGGUCUUCGCCUACAUAAAAGUGCGACAGGUAUAAGCGUGGAGGGACUCGAACAAGGAGGAAAAAUAUAUGUCGCAAGCGUGAGUCCACAGUCGCGAGCAAGUAUUGCGGCGACUUUUGGAGUCACCGAACGAGAAGCAGGUUAUAUGAUUGAGCAUCUACUCAGUGGACCAAAGGGGAUAAAGAAUCGAGCGGUUUAUAGGAAUGCAUUUCAAUGGGUAGUGGAUACGAAUAUCACAAGGGAGGCAUGUUUGGUACUUGGAGCUGAGGAAGUUAUAGCUUCUAUGAACGGCGCAGAAGAAACCAAGAAACCUAUUCUGACAUCUUCAUGUCCUGGAUGGGUAUGCUACGCGGAAAAGACACACCCACACGUUUUACCACAUUUAUCACGCAUGAAGUCACCACAAGCAUUGAUGGGAACUCUUAUUAAGACGACAUUGAGUCGAAAACUUGGCAUUUCACCUGAGAGGAUAUGGCAUGUAGCGGUUAUGCCAUGUUUCGAUAAAAAGUUAGAAGCUAGUCGAGAGGAAUUGACCGACGCCGUUUGGGAAGGGACUGGAACCCGGGGCGUUAGAGAUGUUGAUUCUGUUAUCACGAGUAAGGAGUUACUCAUGCUCGCAGAUUCUAGGCGUAUCGACUUUUCCAAAUUACCUCGGACUCCAUUACCUUCAUCCUCGCACAUACCAUUCCCAGAUCCAACAUUAAACUCUUUUCUUUUCCCAUCUAAUCGCAGAAGUAGCGGCAAUGGUAGCCGCGAGGCUGGUUCUUCUGGUGGAAACCUUCAUUAUGCCCUUCAUUAUUUUGCAUCGCAGCAUAAGGGAUCAUCCGUCCAGACAAUCAAAGGCCGUAACGCAGAUGUUGUGGAUUAUACUGUUGUCGCAGAUAAUGGCGACAUAUUACUCAAGGCGGCUCGAUACUAUGGAUUCCGAAAUAUACAAAAUCUUGUUCGACGAUUAAAGCCAGCCAAGCCGUCUCGAAUGCCAGGUGGUAAACCAAUUGGAAGUGCCAGGCGGCCGAAUGGUAAAGCUACUGGUCCCGAUUAUACGUAUGUCGAGGUCAUGGCUUGUCCGGGCGGAUGUACUAACGGAGGUGGUCAGAUUAAGGUUGACGAUCCAAUAAACACAAGUCGAUUAGAAGGUGAUGCGAAACCUGGUCCACAAGAACAGAAACUGUGGCUGGCCCAAGUCGACGAGGCGUACUUCUCUGGAGAAGAAAACGCUGAGUCUCCGAGUGUAGAUGGACGUGAUGAUUCAGUUGAAGGAAUUUCACCUUCAUACAUUAAAGAUACCCUGUUGCAUUGGGCGACAAUAACAGGCCUAGAUCUGGAUAGAUUGGUGUAUACGACUUAUAGGGAGGUCGUCAGUGAUGUCGGUAAGAACGCUGGUGACGCAGAAAGGGUGAUAGAAAUCGCCAAUAAGAUUGGCGGAGGCUGGUAG